UGUUUCUCAGAAUGAUGCAUUGCUCCUUAUGAACAAAAAUAUAGAUGUCCUGGAGAGAGCAAUUCAGCAGGCCGCUAAGCAGCAUGCUCAAAUCAUUGUGACUCCAGAAGAUGCACUAUAUGGAUGGAAAUUUACCAGGGAAACCGUUUUCCCAUAUCUGGAGGACAUUCCAGACCCUCAGGUGAACUGGAUUCCGUGUCAGGAACCACAAAGAUUUGGUUACACACCAGUACAAAAAAGACUCAGCUGCCUGGCCAAGGAUAACUCUAUCUAUGUCGUGGCAAAUAUUGGGGACAAAAAGCCUUGCAAGUCCUCUGAGUCUACAUGUCCUCCAAAUGGGUAUUACCAAUACAACACCAACGUGGUGUAUGACACAGAAGGAAAACUGGUGGCACGCUACCAUAAGUACCACCUCUACUCUGAGCCACAGUUUGAUGUUCCUAAAAUGCCGGAGUUGGUGACUUUCAAUACCACCUUUGGAAAGUUUGGUAUUUUCACGUGCUUUGAUAUACUCUUCCAUGAUCCUGCUGUUACUCUGGUGAAAGAUCUCCACGUGGACACUAUAUUGUUCCCCACAGCUUGGAUGAAUGUUUUACCCCUUUUGACAGCUAUUGAAUUUCAUUCAGCUUGGGCCAUGGGAAUGAGAGUUAAUCUUCUUGUGGCCAAUACACAUCAUACAAGGCUAAAUAUGACAGGUAGUGGAAUCUAUGCACCAGACUCUCCCAGAACGUACCAUUAUGACAUGAAAACCGAGCUGGGAAGGCUCCUCUUUUCAGAGGUAGAUUCGCAUCCCCGAUUGUCUCCUGUCUACCCACCUGCUGUGAAUUGGACUGCCUAUGCCAGCAGCAUCAAACCAUUUCCUGUAAAGAAAACUUUUGGGGGAUUUGUUUCUAGGGAUAAGUUCAACUUCACAGAACUAUUUGAAAAUACAGGAAAUCUUACAGUGUGUCACAAAGAGCUCUGCUGUCAUCUAAGCUACGCAAUGUUAAAAAAAGAAGAGAAUGAAGUGUAUGUUCUUGGAGCUUUUACAGGACUUCAUGGCAGAAGGAAAAGUGAAUACUGGCAGGUAUGCACCCUGCUGAAAUGCAAAACUCUGAAUUCAACAACUUGUGGACAGCCAGUAGAAACUGCUUUGACACGUUUUGAAAUGUUCUCCUUAAGUGGCACAUUUGGCACAGAAUAUGUUUUUCCUGAAGUGCUUAUUACCGAGUUUCAUCUGUCACCUGGAAAAUUUGAGGUAUUAAAAGAUGGGCGUUUGGUAAACAAGAACGGAUCAUCCCAGCCCAUACUAACACUGUCACUGUUUGGAAGAUGGUAUGCUAAGGAUUCACUUUCCAUCUCAGGAGGAAACAGCAAAUCAGCAAAUACUUACCUCCUAGUAUCUAUAGUUUUCAUGAUAAUUCCCUUACAAAACCUGUGUCUAUUAAAAAUGCAUAUUUCAAGCUAUUUAAUAUUUAUUAAAAUAAGUGACAAUCAAAAUAGAUCCAUUGGGAGUGGUGGGAGAUCUCUUGGAGACAUGCCUGAGAAGUAUCAAGGAGAGCAGCACACUCAAGCCUGGCGAGCAGAGGAGCAAGAGGGGCUGAUGUGGGAGUCGCAGGAAGUUGGAAUAUAG